GAUGUUACCAACAGCCUAUGUUUACAAGUAGACCUACACUUUCGUAACAAAUCGAGAGCUAAAAGGGCUACUCAGUAGCCACAUUCGGGAAGAGUUCUGAGCAGUUUGUUAGAAGAGGACAGCAGGAGAUUCCACGGAAUAGGUUGGGAGAUGUGGCGACAGACCGCUGUGCUCGCCUGGACGAGUUGCCUGUUGGCGGUCGCUAUGACUGUAGGUGGGACCGACGUGGAGACAUCGUCACCGAACUUCAUCUUCAUGAUGGCGGAUGACUAUGGCUGGGGUGACGUUGGAUACAAUGGCGGCAAUGCUUCCACACCAAAUCUGGACGCCAUGGCAAAGGGUCCUAACAGCCUAAAGCUGCAGCGGUACUACAGUGGAGGUCCUGUAUGCUCGCCGACGCGUGGCACGGUGCUGACAGGAAGGAACCACAAUCGCUACUGUGUUUGGACGGCCAACGCUGGUGGUGGAACUGCUGACUUUGUUCGCCAGGAGAAGAUGCCACUACCAUACUAUGAGUAUACGAUCCCCGAGGCCGUCAAGUCCCGGGGAUAUACCUCGGCAAUGUUUGGGAAAUGGCACCUUGGCGACUUUAAAGUUCUGAAAGGAGGCAAUCCGAAAUGGCCAAUCUCACACCCUGGCAUACACGGCUUUGACAUCUGGCAUGCAACGGAGCGCUCUGCACCCACUGCAACGACAAACUGCGGCUGCUUCUCCCCGCCGAACUGCAUAUCCGGUCAUUGGAAUCAGAACUUCUCCUGCACAAACUUCUGGACAGCAAAUCCCAGCAAUUCAAGCAAUAUUAUGAACCUGACAACGCCAGAGCCUGGUGAUGACAGUCUGUUCAUCAUGGACAUGGUCGAGCCUUUCCUGCGUGGAAUAGCUCAGGACAAGAAACCAUUCUUUCUUUAUAUACCCGUGCACACCGUGCACAUUAACUACAUUGCCGUUGAGCCUUACCGCAGCAAGUACCAGAAACUUGGCUAUGACAGCCAGACAGUGGACUACCUCGGUGCAAUCGAAGCUAUGGAUGUCCAGGUUGGCCGUUUGAGAUCAUUGCUUCAAGAACUGAAUCUGGCUAACAACACACUGCUCUGGUUUGCUAGUGACAACGGACCUGCUAAAGGCACACCGGGCUCCACCAAUGGUCUCCGUGGCCGGAAGGGAACGGUUUACGAGGGCGGUGUGCGAGUGCCGGGGAUCAUCGAGUGGCCGAACGUGAUCAGCGAGAAUCGCGUUGUGGAUGCGCCGAUCGUAUCCAGUGACCUGAUGCCGACCAUCAUGGACAUCCUAAAGCUGGAGAUGCCCGAUAACCGCACCGUGGAUGGAGAGUCAAUCAUGAACAUCAUCACUGGCAAUGAAGUCAAUCGAUCCAAGCCAAUAGGUUUCAUGUUUUCCGUGAAGCACCAGUUUAACAGCAGCUACAAUGCCACUUGGGUCAAUAACCAGUACAAGCUGUUCAUGAACAUGAAAAAUGGCGUGCCCCACAACGCCAUACUCUACGACCUUCUCGAUGACAUUGCAGAGAGAAAGGACGUGUCCAAGAAGCACCCCGACGUCUUCAGCGCGAUGAAAGACCAGUUCAAGACCUGGUUUGACUCGGUCCAGUACUCCACCAAGCAUGAGUCUGGUUGCUAUGGCAUCUCCGUGGCGGAUGGUGAAUCCGAGGCAUGGUAUGAGUGGUACUAGACAAGAAGGCAAGAUGAUGAAUGUAGCUGGAGUGCCCGAGUGCAUGUGAAGGAGCACAGUGUCCUGUGACUUUAAAAUUUUGACUGCUCCCCGUCUUUAUCAUUUUUGUAGCUUUGUAUUAUUUUUAUAAAUAAUAAUAAUAUUAUCCUGAAAUUUCUUUGAGAAGAACGAGAAUAAUGUGUCACAGGUUAUGAGUAACUAUCCACCAGACACUGUACUGUCAGAACUUGCAACAAGGCACAACACUGACAGGGUACGGGGACAUUUAAUGAUUGGCAAACAUUACCAAUCUCCUAAUCCAUCAGCAUUAUCUUACGAUGCGUUCUGCUUCUUUAGCAUGAUCAUUCGUGCAUGAUCAGUAUUCUACAAACAACUUGCCGCUGAUCAUCCGUUUUUCAUCUGUUGGCAACCAGUGGCAUGAGAUUCUAGGUCACUCAUUCAA